AUGGAAGAAAUGACAGUUCAUAUAAAUGAGCUAGUACAGUUAUCUAACAAAUCGGCCAAGCUUGGUGGUGGUAUAAGUUGGAGAACCAUUGUUGAUCGGCUUGACAAAUUAUCUUCUGAUGAAAUUCAACUAUUAACAUUUGAUUCCAUUGAAGAUGCCAGAGAAUUUUACCUAUGUCAUAGCAAAAUGGUCGGUUUUGGUAUUAGAGAACGUGAUGAAAAGAAAGAUCAGAAAGGUAUUGUGACAUACAAACGGUGGGUAUGCAACAGAGAGGGCUUUAGAAAUAGCAAAUGGUUAAAUUUAGUAGACCGUAAGAAAGAGGCAAAACGUCUUACGAGAGUUGGUUGUCUGGCAACUAUAAUUGUGCAAUGGAACAAGGAUAUUCAGAAGAGUGUCAACCCAGCAGACUUGGAGCAUGAUAUUUUGAUGCAUAGAGUUGGUAUUCGAAUUCCUCAAAUAGUGGACCUUCAAGCUUACCAAGCUGGGGGCCACAACAAGAUGGGAUACACAGAAAAGGAUCUACGAAACGCUGUUGACCAAUUCCAUAGGAAUGCUGUUGAAGUUGGUGAUGCCUCUCAGGUGUUGGCAUAUUUGGAUGGUCGAGCAAAUGGUGAGCCGAAUUUCUUUUACAAGUAUGCUGUUGACGUGGAGAAGCGAUUGAUACGACUGUUUUGGACAGAUUCUCAAUCUCGUUUGGAUUACCAAUAUUUUGGUGAUGUUCUAGUUUUUGACUCCACAUACCGCACUAAUGCUUAUAGGAAGCCACUAGUAAUUUUGGCCGGUGUAAAUCAUCACUAUGUUACCACAAUUUUUGGCUGUGCAUUAAUUGUUGAUGAGACCGAGGACACAUAUAAGUGGGUAUUAGAAACAUUUUUGGAGGCCAUGGAAAAAAAGGCACCUAUCUCAGUUGUCACUGAUAGGGAUGGUGCAAUGAGAAAUGCAAUAAAGGCAGUCAUUCCUUAUGCCCGUCACCGAUUAUGUGCUUGGCAUUUAAAAAGAAAUGUUGUUACCAAUACAAAUAAGGGGUUUGUUCUUGAUUUUGGUGUGGCUAUGGACAUGAUUUGCAGCCAUGAGGAGUUUGAGAGAAGGUGGCAUUUGCUAGUUGAGAAACACAAUUUGAGAGAGAACCAAUGGGUUGUGGAUUUAUACAACAAAAGGGAAAAAUGGGCCGCUGCAUUUUUGAGAGGACACUUUUUUGCUGUGAGACAGAAUGAACACAAGGAAGAAUGUAUCACGAGUCAGUCAUCUCCUGUUCUAAUUACUCAUUUGAGAGAAUUGGAAGGAAAUGCUGCAAACAUUUUCAUGAGAAAGAUUUUUUUAAAGGUUCGUGAUGAAAUUUCUGCUGAAGCCUCACUCCGCCUCGUUUCAAUUGUUGAUCAAGAUAAGGUAAAGUUAUAUACAUUCACUGAGUACUUGCAUCAAAUUUGCUCUUGGCAAGUGGAAUUGGAUAAAGCUGAACGGUCUAUUAUUUGUUCAUGUAAGAAACUUGAGUCAGAUGGAAUUCCUUGUUCCAAUGCGUUUGCAGUUAUGAAAAAUGAGGAUAUGGGCGAGAUUCCUAAAUCAUGCAUUCUAUUUAGAUGGACUCAGCAAGCAAAGCCAAACGAAAAAAACAUAUAUUCUAUUCAACUUGAAGAUUCAGCAAUUCAAGCAGCUCGUUUUGGUGCUUUGUGUGCAUUAAGUAAUCAGAUGUGUUUUUAUGCAGUUAAGACAAAGCAAGGAUAUGAUGAAGCUAGAGAGUGCAUUAUAAAUUCAGCAUCUCGUUUCAAAAAUCUUUGGGUGAAUGAUGCGCCUCUAGUGCAUAAAGUUUAA